ACUUCCUAGUUUAUUUUGUUAGCAAUAUUUGCUUGUGAAUUUGCUAACACAAAAAAAAUAUAACAUGGCUUCUUCUUCUUCCUUCAUGUCCCUCACAAUUGUGGCUUGCCUUCUCUUGGUUUCUAUUUGUAGUACCAAUGCCCAACUCUCCACGAACUUUUAUUCGAGCUCGUGCCCCAAUCUCGAUUCUACUGUCAAAUCUGUUGUACAAUCCGCUAUUAAAAAAGAGGCUAGGAUGGGUGCUUCUCUCCUACGUUUGUUCUUCCACGAUUGCUUCGUCAAUGGAUGUGAUGGAUCACUUUUACUAGACGACACCUCUACUUUCACUGGUGAGAAGAUGGCAAAACCCAAUAACGGCUCAGUUAGAGGAUUUGAAGUGAUUGAUCAAAUAAAGUCAGCGGUAGAGAAAGCUUGCCCUGGUGUUGUCUCAUGUGCUGACAUAUUAGCAAUUACUGCUAGAGACUCUGUUGUCAGUCUUGGAGGACCAACUUGGAACGUAAAGCUAGGUAGAAGAGAUGCUAGGACAGCUAGCCAAUCCACUGCAAACAAUGACAUCCCACAACCGACUUUUAGCCUUAGCCAACUUAUCUCUAGCUUCCAAAAGCAAGGCCUUUCUUCCUCUGAAAUGGUUGCUUUAUCUGGCGGACACACCAUCGGACAAGCAAGAUGCACGAGCUUUAGGACUCGUAUUUACAACGAAAGCAACAUUAAUUCGGCAUUUGCCAAAACAAGGCAAGCAAAUUGUCCAAGUACUAACACAGGGGACAACAACUUAGCACCCUUGGAUGUUCAAACCCCAACUUCCUUUGACAACAACUACUACAAGAACAUCGUUAACCAAAAGGGUCUUCUACACUCUGACCAACAGUUGUUUAGCGGUGGUUCCACCAACGCGCUUGUCCAAACUUACAGCAGCAACCCUAGCCGAUUUAGCUCCGAUUUCGUGGCAGCAAUAAUAAAAAUGGGUGACAUUAAGCCGCUUACUGGAUCCAAUGGCGAGAUCAGGAAGAACUGCAGGAAGACUAACUAAUUUAAUCAAUUAGGAAGUUGUGUUGAUAUAGUUAUUGGAGUACGUACUAUACUACAACAUAAGGUGAUUUUGUUAUAGUUUGAUUCAAAGGGGCUUAUAUAAAUGCCUUAUUAGUCUUUAAUUAAGCAAGAUUUGUAAACUUAAGUGUUUGAAGCUUUCAUUCUGUUUUUACAAUUGUAGAAGUUGUUUUUCAGAAA